ACCUAAACUCUAUACCUGCAUAAUUUUCCAAUGCUCAACAUCUAAUUGAUAUUAAUAUCUCUGACGUAUAAACUCAUUUGAAGAGCAGCUGAAACAGAAUGGAAAACCAACCAAGAGCCCAAGAGUCCAGAAACGAGCCGACCGGGGUGGAUGAAAAAAAGUUGCGCAAUCGGCUUUCGCAGCAAGCGUUCCGCAGACGCCAAAACGACCGCAUCCGGGAGCUUGAACAGCGGCUCAAAGAUGCCAGUAGAACAGACAAUGAGCGUGUCUGCCACCUAGAAGAGGAAAACAUGCUCCUUCGCAAACAGCUCUCCACAUUAGCCAGUAAGCUAGAGGCUGUGCAAACCACGCUUCGAGGGCUUUCAAAUAUGGUGAAUAGCACUCUCCAAGGCUAUCCAGAUUCCAUUACCAAAUCGUCCACUCCGGGGCAAACAACUACGGAAGGACCAUCUGUCAACAGCCCAUCUGAGGUGGAUCGGGAAAUUUUAUCAAUUGACGACGACCAGCAUAUUUUCUCUGCCUCACUUAUUGAUGUAGGGCUCAAAGAUAAUACUUCUAGUUCCAGUCCUCUUGGGUUCAGCACUAUACCCCUCGCUUCAUCCUCUGGGCCACAGCAUUGUGAUGAAACAUCUAUUGAUAUCGCGAGUAAUUAUCAAGACUUUGACAGAGCAAAGUUGGGUCAUACAAACUCAUUGAUACAUGCUGUGAAUCUUCCUUUAGAGUUUCAUGGCUCGCCCUUUAUGGAAAAUCCUGUACAAGGAGUUCCUGGCAUAUGGUCCUACCAUUAUCAAAUGGGACCUCAUAACUAUCAAUACAUCAUGGCCAACAUAUCCAGCCCCGGGAGACAUAUUCACAGCUCAAACUCUAUAUUCUCUGACCACAUCAAUGCAUUGCAUACAUGUAUUAAAAGGGCAUGGAAUUUUUCUCAAUUUUCGGAUCUUCUAGAAUUAAAGCUGUCAAAAGUCCGUCUUUCUGUGUCUCUCAUGCUGUCAUUGUUCAACAGUCUCAAUCGACCGCUUGCCUUGUCGUGGUACACACCGACCAAAUUCUACCAUCACAUCACGAAUCUUACCCUAUGGCAGCUCUGCCCAAGCCGAGAGAUGUAUAUGCAACUCCCUGCUCGGUACCGACCAUCUGCUUUACAGUUGACAGAAACAUACCCUCCCAUUAUUGAUUGGUGCCCAUUUCCUUCUAUCCGUGAUAAACUCAUUUUGUUACACUCUGCAAACCCCUGCAUUGAUCAAAUCAUUUGUGAUAUUGCUACAGCCUAUGUUGUUGAAACUGAUAUUUCCAAAUUGAUCUGCCACGAUUACCCUGAAAUCGGCUACGUUCGAGUUUGGGAGCUUAUCCAAGCAAUGGGAGAGGCUGAAAAUGAGCAAGUAGACUUUGCUCAAGUCAUGUGCGAGAAGCAACCUAUCGCGCAGGAUUUGCAACCACAGCCGAGCACGGGGGUCUGGCAACUGCCAGCACCUAAUGUGGAAUCUUUGUUCGGGAAUGAAAAUUAUGCCCGUUUAGCAUUCAAAGAGCUGCAUAUGGAUGAUGGGGUUAGCCAUUACAAGUUGGAUCCGCUUUUGUUUAAUAAAUAUCCUGAACUUUUCGAUCCCGAGGAAGAGGCUAUGGCUGUUGGUACUCCCAUUCGAUUGUCAAACUGGACUGGUAUUCCUGUCCCAAAGGCCCUCGAUGAUGCUACUUAUGCCAUUUAUCGACAUUUUGUAAAGUGGACAUCAGAUGUCAUUAUCUCUACUUUUUGACACUUGUAUAUUCUAAAUGUUUUAAUGAUUUAAUAUAUCAUUCUCGCUCU